CGCACUGCGAGGCGCCCCGGUUAGAGCCGCAGUCGCAGCCUCACGCCGGGAGCGGCUUUCCCGGAAAGGCAGGCGGGCGGUCCCAGCCCCAUAGUGGAGGGGGCGGGUUUGCCUGCUGUUCCUGGGCCCUCCACUGAGUGGAGGGUGGUCCCAUCGUGAGGGACGGCGCGGGCGCAAGGAUUUUCGGAGGCCCCACUCGCGCCAGAAGAUGUGAGUGGUGGCUGCCGCCGAGACGAUGCUCGCCGUGCUGGGAGCCGCGGCCCUGGUGCUGGUGGCCGGGGUGUCGUGGGCGUCACGCGCAGCCGCAGAUGGAACAAGUCUAAAACCUCCUCAGGAUGUAGAGGUCUCCAUCAUAGACGAUGACUUUACCCUGAAGUGGAACAGGAGCCAUGAGUCUGUCGGGAAUGUGACGUUCUCAGCAGAUUAUAUAACAUCAGAGAUGAAUAAUUGGACAAAAUUGCCUGGGUGUCAACAUAUCACAGGUUCAGAAUGCAGCUUCUUUCUACCCAAGCUAAAUUUUUAUGAAGAAGUUGAAUUUCGUAUAAGAGCGGAAGAAGAAAACAGCACUUCUUCAUGGUAUUACAUUGACUCCUUUAUACCAUUUCGGAAAGCUCUUCUCGGUCCUCCAGAAGUACGUUUAGAAGCUGAAGAUACAGCAAUAAUUGUACACCUCUUCCGCCCUGGAAAAAAAGAUGAUCAUUCUAUAUGGGAGAUGGUUGGUGGAAGCUUUAGAUUCACCUUAGAUUUCUGGGAAAACUCUUCACAUGCACAGAUGGAACAGAAACAGAUCGAAAUUAAGCAUUACACACAUAAAAUUUAUAACCUCUCAUCAGAGACGACUUAUUGUUUAAAAGUUAAAGCAAGACUACUUUGGGACAGGAAAGUUGGUGUCUAUAGUCCAGUGUAUUGUAUAAAUACCACAGUUGAACAUAAGCUACCUCCACCAGAAAAUGUAAAAUUUGCUGCUCAAAAUCAGAGCUAUGUUCUGAAAUGGGAUUAUGAAGAUGGAAAUGUGACCUUUCGAGUUCAGUGGCUCCAUGCCUAUUCAAAACUGAGUCCUGGGGACAAGGCAGAUGAGUGGAGACAAAUAAUUAACUGUGAAAAUGUCAGAACUACAUAUUGUGUAUUGCCUCAAGAUGCUUUCCAGAAGAAAAGUUACUUUUUCCGUGUACAAGCAUCUGAUGGAAACAACACGUCUUUUUGGUCUGAAGAGAAAGAAGUUAAUAUUGAAAUGUACUCUGCCAUGCCUCCUCCAGUCAUUUCCCUGAAAUCCACUAGUGAUUCACUGCGUGUCUUCGUCAAAGCGCCCAGGAACCAACUUUACCCACUCCUUUUUGAAAUUAUUAUGUGGGAAAACACUUCAAGUACUGAGAGAAUAAUUAUAGCAAAAAAAUCUGACAUUACCAUCCCUGACUUGCAACCACUGACACUAUAUUGCGUCAAAGCCAGCGUGUACCUUCUGGAAGACAAGUGGAACAAAAGCAGCGCUUUCAGUGCUACGGUGUGUGAGAAGACGAAGCCAGGACCUUCUCCUCCUGUGUGGGCAGUAACACUUGGAAUUUGCACCCUCCUAGCAGUGGUGGUAGUAGUAGUCUUCUGUGUUGCGAAAAUCCUCCUGAGAUGUCUCAACUACGUGUUUUUUCCAGCACUUAAACCUCCUUGCAGUAUUGAGUAUUUCUCUGAACAGUCACUUGGGAAUCUCCUACUUUCCACUUCUGAGGAACAAACUGAAAAAUGUUUCAUCAUUGAAAACACAGAAAGGGUCAUCCUGGUAGAGGAGCCUGAGGAAACGGAGGAAGACUGCAAGAAGUACAAUUCCCAGACCAGCCAGGACUCAGGAAACUAUUCUCAUGGAGACGAGAGUCUGGAAAGUCUGGAAAUAAGCGAAGUGCUUCUGCAGCUCAAAGUCCUAUCUCCGGGCAGGACCUCCCAAGAGCUCAGUGGCCCUGGGGAGAUUGCCCUAGGCCGGGGCUCUCAGGGACCACACAGAGGCUACGCGCGCGUGGAGGAAGGAUGACGAGCCGCGGGUCACAGGUCCUGACCGCACAGGCAAGCACCUGUCUAACAGUGCAGUCAGAGGGAUCCGGAACAAAACGUGCUGCGCUCUCCCCGGUGGGCUGUCUCUGGUGAGUCAGCUCUGAGCGUGGCCGCCGUCCUUCCCGCGGUGGCUUCAAUACCCCUGUGCCACGUUCUGUGGCUGCAGAGAGGAUGUGGGCUCCCGCGGGCAAUUCUGCCGCACAGCUGCUGGUUGUCUUCGUUCUUCAUUCCUGAGACAGGGGAUACUUAGGACAUUUGGUCCUUUGUUAACCUUGAGGUAGGCUCCUAACAAAUUAAUUUAGAAAAAUCUGAAUACCAUUAUCAACUUGGUUUUCUGCAAAGUAGCCGCAGAUGUUGGGAAAAUGAUGAUUAAAAAUGUGAAAACAUUGGCUACUGUAACACAGGUACCUGUCCCUUACGUGGUUAGGUAACGUUUUCCUGUAUGUUAAGACUUCUUGAUUCAUACCUUGCUAGAACAGUAGCUUCUGAUUAGAAUUUUGAGAAACUGAUGUCCUAGAGAGUGGUACCUAAAAGUAGAGAAACGAUUGUUAUGGUUUUUUAUCAUGAGUGUGUUCUGAUUAGGUGCAGUGUACCUGGGAAGUGGUCUUAGGAUGAGAAAAUGCCCGUUUUAGAAAAGAUAGAAUAAGAAGUAGACUCACUCACAAGGAAAGACAAGUGAAUUUGAUGAAGUAAGAAUAAUGUGUAAAAUCUUUUUAACCCACUGUGGUUUUUUUAUGGCUUACCUGUGUCCUUUAAUACCAGGCCACUAGGCAUGGUGGCACACGCCAAUAGUCUCAGCACUUAGGACACUGAGGCAGGAGAAUUGCCACUGGGGACACUGA